AUGUAUCAAUUGCUUUCACAAAUUUUUUUCCUUCAUGAAUUUACGAAUGUGAAUAGCCACUUAACGCCCUUCAACUAUCAUUUUACAGGCAUAUCAGCUGUAAUAGUACAACCGCACAACAACAAUAUCAAUCCAACGGCCACGCACAGGGUCAGAGUUGGCCGACAAAAUGAAAGCAUAAGGCGAUACAUGUGCCCUGUUGGGUUCUUCCGAUUGAAAAGAUAUUGCUACUACUUGAGCGGAGGUACGGCACCUUGGAGGGAAGCCUAUUUUCACUGCAAAGAUCGAAACGCCACUCUGGCGAUCCUCGACAGAAACGGGAAAGAUCGGAUGCUGAGGAAGUACUUGUCGAGCGACCAAUUCACGAAAUUGGAACGAUGGAUCGGCGGGAUAUACAAUUGGCAGCAAAUGGCUUGGGAAUGGGGUGUGACCGGCGAGAAAGUGGUCUUCCAAAAUUUCGGGCUACCUCAGUCCAACGAUUCGAAGCAACAGUAUGCGUGGCACUGCAUCACGAUCGAUCCGGCAUUAAGGUAUAAAUGGAGCCCACGAAGUUGCGUCGAACGAAAGCACUACGUGUGCGAGGUGCCGGCUGGACGUAUCGCUAGAAGGCGUAAGAAAACGACGGAUCCUUACGCGCCGCAGAACCAAAGAUUAAAACCCCGAAAGAAGGGUAAGAAGUACUCGAAGGACCCGCGGAAAUCAAACAGACAGAACAGGCAACGAGGUGAAUGGAGAAGAAAGUACACGGAACAAUAUACGGACAACUAUUGGGCACAUGGCGUGAAUUUAGGUUCGAGGCCACCUACUAACGUCAGAGAACUGUAUUCGAGAAAUCGAAUGCGACAUCAGCCGAACAGAACUCAACCGAGUCAUCCGCAAGUCUUGCCGCGAGAUCGAGAGUACGGUGCAUUUCCAGCUGAUGGUCCCCAAAGUAACGAUCCACAAAGUCUAACGGCCAUGAGCAAAGCUUUCUCUCAAAUUCCUGACAAAAUCAACAACCUGGCGAGCGAAGAAGUUCUUUUGAAGCCAUAA